AAAAGAAACCGACAGGACCAGGAAGACAGACCGACUAGUAGAGUUAGAGAGCAGCUACACAGCUAGCUGUCCAGGGCACCAGAGCCUGUUAAAGCUGCUGAUUUUAGACAAGAAAGAUCAAAUCAGAAAUCUGGAACUGGGAGGAAUCAUGUUUGAAAACUUCAGAGAAAGACUUCACAUGGUGCAGCAGGAUUUCACAACAGGCUUCAAGACCCUUGGAGACAAAUCAAAAGACACCAAAAUCAGGAGGAGGUCCAGGUUUGAAGAAAGUCUUCCUCAUUUCAGUGCAGGACUGGACAUCCUCAGCAGGUAUGAGGAGAGUUGGUUUUUGCUCCAUAAAAGAACCAAAGACUGUGCUCAGACAGCAGAGGCAGUAGAUGGGGACAUCGUGAUGCUGUCAGCACACUGGGAGAGAAGAAGAGCAGCUCUGACACAACUACAGGAACAAUUGCAGAGCUUGCCGACCUUCAUCAGUGAACUAGACGCCAUCACUGCUAACAUAGCUCAUCUGGAAGGUGACUUUGAGGAGAUGGAGAGCAGACUGGUGUACCUGGAGACUCUGUGCAGUCAGUGUGAACAACAGACAUCCAAACAACAUCACAUCAACCAGCUAGAAGUGUAUAAAAAAAAGAAGAGGAAGGAGCUGGAGGUGCUGGAAGUGGAACUGAAUUCCGAGCAUGCUCUGAAGGCAGCAGAGCUGGAGCAGGCCAUGCAGCAGAAACUGAAAGAACGACAGAAAGUGUAUGAAGAAGCCUUUAACCAAGACAUUGAGCAGUACCUGUCCACUGGAUACCUACAGCACAGAGAGCCAACAGAAGCCGAUGUACUCAUUCUGGAUCAGAUGACGGUAACUAACACCUCAGACCAGGAGGCCUUUGAUGACUUCCUCAACUCCACUGGUGAUGACAUCAGUACAGGAUCAUCUCUGACCUCAGGUCCAGACCUUGAGUCGUGCUCUUCUGAAUCUAUGAGAAGCCAUAUAAUCCAAACCACUCCCACAAACAACCAACCAUCCAACCAGGAGGCAGCAUGGGAGCAAGAGGAUGAAGCAGCCAGUGAGGAGAGUGAUGAGCCUCUGGUGCAGUCAGAUGAAGAGGACAUUCAACCAGACAUGUCAUUGGUCGGUCUACAGGAUGUUGGUGCAAUGAGGGGCUCUGAUGAUAGUGACGCUGCAGGUGACCUGCCCUCUGGGUAACUUCAACCAAGCCCUUUAAACUCUACUAGUGUUACCCUCAAAAACAGUCCUCUGGUGCCCUCUGCUUUGAGUUGACACAGACCAUCUACAGCCAACAUGAGAACAGUGCGGUGCUGUAUCCUCUGAAGGCUGAGGUCAAAAACUGCUUUUGUUAGAUUUGAUAUGAAAACACUUUUUUCAUGCAUAGAGAUAAAUCAGAGUGUUUGACUUGUAUCCUUUGGUAAGAAUCAUCUUAGUCCUGCUGGGGAUAUGACAGUUACCACAGAGUCAAGUAGUAAUUUCAGUUGUUUUAGGCCUAAAACUAUCUGUCUAACAGCACUGCAUCCACAAUCUGCAAUAACUUCUAACCUUUUUACGUUUUGAGCAGAACUAUGUAAGAAUUUCUGUAUAUAUGAAGUAACCUUAUUUAAUUGCUGACCGUUAAGGUCCUUGUAUUUCCCUCUGUUCUCACUAAUAUGCAAAAAUCAGCUGGUACAACUAUACUAGUGUGUAGGAAACAGAUCCUGCGGCUGAGCCCAUACUGUAGAUGGAACAGCUGGUGCCACUGCCUACCGUUUGCAGUAGGGCAGUCCUGAUGUACUGGUCAGAAGUAUUGAACACGAUGGUCUCAAAAUAAAGCUGUUCUGAAAACUA